CUCUAAACAUCCUAUUAGAAAUUUCUUAAACUUCAUGAACCAAUUAGAUAGAACUAUACUUAUAAUUUAAGUGGCAAAAUACACCACAUAUUUUCCAAUCAAAAUCUGAACCGUAUCAUAUUGUAUGUGGUUAUCUUUCCUUGUAGCCAUUCAUUUGUUUGGAUCUUCAUUUCCAGUCAUCAAUAACUCCCACUUUGACAUUUAAAGUUCUCAUCUUUGAUUGCAUUUUUCUCUGUCUGUCUGUACCAAUACUAAAUGAAGAAGUUUGAGCUGAUUUUUAUACCAGGACCUGGAAUCGGCCAUCUUGCAUCUACUGUUGAGAUGGCCAAUAUUCUUGUCACUCGAGAUCCUCGUCUCGCCGUCACGGUGCUCAUCAUGCAAUCCUCUUACGACAAGAAAUCAAGGGAUCAUAUCCAACUACUUUCUGAGUCUUUUGUUGGAAAAUCUAUACACUUUAUUCUUCUUCCUGAAUUGCCCCUUCCAGAAGAAUGUAAAAAUGGUAUGCCAAAACCCCUUAUAGACAUCUAUAAACCUCAUGUUAGAGAAGCUAUGGCCAAACAUGCCAACUCUCAAACUAAUCCUGACUUGCCCCAACUAGUUGGAUUUGUCAUUGACAUGUUUUGUAUGACAAUCAUAGACGUGGCUAAAGAAUUUAAGGUACCUUGUUAUGUGUUUUACACUUCCAGUGCUGCCUUUCUUGCUUUCAAUUUUCACCUUCAAAUGCUUUAUGAUCAGAGUAAUAGUAACCAGGUAGUGGAACAGUUAAAGAACUCAGAUUCUGAAUCACUUACUAUACCAAGUUUUGUCAACCCGAUUCCGGGUAAAGUCAUUCCUAGUGUAUUUGUUUAUAAUGACGUUGCUGUUUGGUUGUAUGAAAGUACUAGGAGGUUUAGAACAGAAAUCAGAGGUGUUUUGAUCAAUACAUGUGCAGAGAUAGAAUCUCAUGUGAUUAAUAUGAUGUCAAGUGGCUCAUCCUCACAACUUCCUUCCUUGUAUUGUGUUGGACCUAUUUUGAACAUGAAAAACACUGUCGACCAAGUAAAUGUUCUUAAAUGGCUUGACGAUCAGCCUCAAGCAUCAGUGGUGUUCUUGUGUUUUGGGAGCAUGGGAAGCUUCGAUGAGGAUCAAGUCAAGGAGAUUGCUCGAGGGCUAGAGCGAAGUGGGGUUCGCUUCUUGUGGUCACUUCGGCAACCCCCGCCAAAGGGAAAAUGGGUACCACCAAGCGAUUAUGCUGAUGUCAAAGACGUCUUGCCAGAGGGAUUUCUUGAUCGAACAGCGAGUGUUGGAAAGAUCAUUGGUUGGGCACCACAGAUUGAGAUAUUGUCUCACCCAAACAUUGGAGGGUUCAUAUCGCACUGUGGUUGGAACUCUACGUUGGAGAGCCUAUGGCAUGGCGUGCCAAUGGUGGCAUGGCCAAUGUAUGCCGAGCAACAACUAAACGCCUUUCAAAUGGUGGUGGAGUUAGGAUUAGCAGUUGACAUCACAUUAGAUUAUCGAAAGGAUUAUCUCUUGGGAAGGUCAAAACUAGUAACUGCAGAGGAGAUAGAGAGUGGAAUAAGAAAAUUGAUGGACGAAGGGGAUGAGAUUCGGAAGAAAGUCAAAGCAAAAAGCGAAGAAAUUCGAAAAGCUGUAAUGGACGGCGGAUCUUCUUACACCGCAUUAACUCAUUUUAUAAAUGACGUUUUAGCCAACUCAUCCAAAGGGAAAGAUUAGACCACGUAGUUUCAAGGGCAUAUUUACCAUAGGCUCGAGUGCUUGAGCCCCUCCUCUAACUUCAAUGUGUUUUUAUAUUACUAUAAGAUAAGGCCAUUUUAGUUAUCAAAAUGGUUAUAAGGAUGAUCUGAAGGAUGUUUUGGAACCUGUACAAAAGGUCAAAGGUAAUAUUGUAUCUUUUGAAAUAAUAUAGAUAUAUUUUAAAUAAA